CUCAAAACUUGUGGAGUGUCAUUUGCACUUUUUUCUUUCUUUUUGCGGAUAGUUGUGGCUGUUUCGUGAACCAUGGCCGGAUUUAAGACUGGUGUUUGUGCGCUACUGCUGGCAACGUCGGUGUCGGUGGUUCGGGCUCAGGGGACGAGGGAGUUCGAGAAGCAGGUGGAUUCUACGGAAACGCCACCGAGCGGCACCAGCCUAACGAGAUGCUACGGCAAGUACGGCUGCUUCUCGGUGGGCGAGCCCUUCCUGUCGAUCCACCGUCCCCUGAACCUGUACCCACUUCCGCCGGAAGCGCUCGGAGUCCAGUUCCUGCUGCGGACCCGGAGGAACAACGAGUUCUACCAGAGGCUCAAGUCCGGCGACGCCGACAGCUUCGCCGACUCCAAGUUCGACAGCACCAGGCCCACCAUGUUCAUCAUCCACGGCUACCUGGAGCACGGCUACCAGAAGUGGAUACCGGAGUUGUCCACGGAACUGCUGACAAAGGACAACUACAACGUCAUCGUGGUGGAUUGGGGCCAAGGCGCCAUGCCUCCGUACACGCAGGCAGUGGCCAACGCCAGGAUGGUCGGAGCACUCGUUGCGGACAUGAUUAUGCACAUCCAGGAUCGCUACAGCGUGGCCGGAGCGGACUUCCACCUGAUUGGCUACAACGUGGGUGCUCACGUGGCCGGCUACGCGGGAGAGAGGGUGAAGGGCCUCGGCCGCAUCACUGGCCUCGACCCCGCUGAGCCCUACUUCGCCAACACGGACAAGGUGGUCAGGCUGGACCCGUCCGACGCCGAAUUCGUGGACGUCAUCCACACCGGAGGAUCAAGCUUCCAAAGCGGACCCACCCCGCAGUCGGUCCAAGAUUACGGUCACCUGGACUUCUACCCGAACGGAGGCCGACCGGCGGAAUGCGACGAGCCUGGCCAGGGAUACGUCAAGCGGGAGAGCUGGGUCUACGGAGUGCGUCGCUACGUGAGCUGCCCGGAUGUGCGAGCGUACGAGUACUUCGUCGAGUCCGUGAACAGCGACUGCCCUUUCUACGGCUACGCGUGCGACGGCUACGACAACUUCACCACGGGGGCCUGCAGCACGGGCUGCGGCGCCGACGGCAUGCAGUGCGCGCCCAUGGGCUUCCGGGCCGUGGACUGGAGGCGCUUCGCCGACGCCCGCAGGAGCGUCCGCAUGUUCCUCACCACCGCCGGAUCGUCACCCUUCUGCCGGAACCAGUACCACAUCCAAGCCACGGUUGCCAGCACAGAUGAGACGAGGAAGCAGCACAGCAACCGAGGAACGCUGUUCGUCCACCUUCAGGGCUCCAAACCCACCAGAUACCUGGCUGACUCGAUCACGAGGCGCUACGACGACUACACGUCCGGCAAGAAGGUCGACUUCCUGGUGACGUCGGGCGACCUUGGACGCAUCAUCCGCCUGGACCUGGAGUGGAGGCCCGACCAGGUGCCGCUGUUCGCUGACCAGAACCAGUUGUACGGACAGCAGCCACAACAGCAGCAGCAGCAGCAGGCGAACGUGGGACAGCCCAGGCUCUUCCUUAACUACGUCCGGGUACGCAACCUGGCCACGGGAGAGAGUUUCGUGUUCUGCGGCGACGGAAACUACCUGCAGCCCAAUGUUGCCAAGACGUUGUAUGCCGGCGGCACUUGCGAAUUCGAGGUGUCUACCCCGUGAGACGAGACCAGUCACUUUCCCUCCUCAAAGUGCGGGACACACUGCACUGAGACAGUUUGGAUGAGCGUCUCUUUCCCCCCUCCUCCCCGUUGUUACUGUUUUAAAGUUUGUUUUAAUAAAACCGUUUUAUUUUUCUCCUA